UCAGAUGUAAAUAUUAUUUAACUUUAUUAAAAAGAACUAAUUAAUUAAUUAAGAUGGCCUCAACGGAAACUCCAGCUCAAACCAUCAACAAAUUCCGAAGCAUAGUCGCUAUGUUAGCCGACUCAACAUGCAAAGACGAUUUAAAAUUAAAAGCAACACAAGAAAUCAGCGAAAGCUUCGAGCAAUUUUUAAGCUCCCCAGUGUACCACAGCUUUUUAGACCACUUAAUUAAAGUGUUUUUAAAAGUACUUCAAGAAGGAGAACCUCACUUCAUAGCCGAAUACAACAUCCAACAAGUACGAAAAUUAAUUUUAGAGAUGUUGUAUCGAUUACCAACGAACGAAACAUUGCGGCAAUACGUUAAGCCGAUUUUAUCGUUAGCUUUGAAGUUGUUAGAAAUCGAUAACGAAGAGAACGUUUUGGUUUGUUUGAAGAUUAUUAUUGAGUUGCAUAAGCAAUUUCGCCCAGCUUUUAAUUCCGAGUUACAACAUUUUUUACAAUUCGUUAAAAAUAUGUACUCGGAAUUACCGAACCACAUCAAUAAAAUUUUCGAACCAAAACCGCCCAUUAAAGUGAAAGAUUUAAGCGAUCUGAACAUGGAUGAACUUUUAAAGGAGACUUUUACGAUUACAAUGAUACAAACUGAAAAGAGAAAACAGGAUCAAACGGUUAUUUGCUAUAAUUUAAUCCCAAAAGCUGUCCUAUCAUUAAAAGUAAUCCAAGAUCUGCCGAUAAUCGUCGUUUUAAUGUACCAACUAUAUAAACAAAGCGUCUACAAAGACGUCAGUGACUUCAUCCCUUUAAUAAUGACCACGAUAACACUUCAACCAUCGUUAAUUCAACGACAAUCCGAGACUUUUAAUAAAGAAAUUUUCGUCGAUUUUAUGGGAGCCCAAAUUAAAACUUUAUCAUUUUUGGCGUACAUCAUUAAAAUUUACCAAGACGUCGUCGCCAAUCACUCUGCAAUGCUCGUUCAGGGCAUGUUGGGGUUAUUAACUCUCUGUCCCAUGGAGGUUGCUCAUUUAAGGAGGGAACUUUUAAUUGCUUCGAGGCACAUUUUAGCCACUGAUUUGAGAAAUAAGUUUGUACCACACAUGGAGAGGUUGUUUGAUGAGGAUGUUUUGUUGGGACGUGGGUGGACUACACAAGAAUCUUUGAGACCUUUAGCAUACUCAACAUUAGCUGAUUUAGUACACCAUGUGAGGCAACAAUUAACUUUAUCGAAUAUUGCGAGGGCUGUACAUUUAUUUAGUAAGAAUGUACAUGAUGAUUCGUUGGCAACCACGAUCCAAACGAUGUCCUGCAAACUCCUUUUAAACCUGGUCGAUUGCAUCAAACACCGCGUCGAGGUCGAAAAUGCCACAGAAGGGAAAGAACUGUUAAUGAGAAUGUUGGAGGUAUUCGUAUUAAAAUUUAAAACGAUUGCGAAAAUCCAACUUCCAAGAAUGAUGGAGAAAUUUAGUAAACAACAACAAACAACGCCAACACCCACCCCAACCCCUCAAGGAAUCGACAUAAAAUCCGAAAUCGAUCUCCGAACCCAACAAGAAAUGCUCGAAGCGAACUUAACGGGUCAAACAGGCCCGAAGGAAGAAAAAUUAAAAUUCGGCUUCCCCCAAACGCCCACUUACAACGUAUCAGAUUACCGAAGUUUGGUUAAAACGUUAGUUUGCGGGGUUAAAACGAUAACUUGGGGUUAUUUAGCCUGCAAACCUUACGUAACAGCCACAAACGCAAAACAAUUCGCCGCGCAUGAAACUUUAGUAUUCAUCAGAUUGGUUAAAUGGGCGUUAAAAGCUCUCGACGUUUACACAUUGAGUUGUGGAAAUCUCCCAUUAGGCGGCCAAGCGAGAUUAAACCAACAAAACGUGCGAAAUAAAGAAGAAAAGGAAGUUUUGGAGCAUUUUAGUAGCGUUUUUACUUUGAUGAAUGCCCAAACUUUUCACGAAAUUUUUUCGACCACUAUUGAGUACAUAGUUGAGAGGGUUUAUAAAAAUCCAACGUUACAAAUCGUUCCUAAUACGUUGUUGGCGAAUCCUUCGACGAGUCCGAUUUUUGCGACGGUUUUGGUUGAGUAUUUAUUGGAGCGGAUGGAUGAGAUGGGGUCGAACGUGGAAAGGAGUAAUUUGUAUUUGAGGUUGUUUAAGUUAGUUUUUGGGAGUGUGAGUUUGUUCCCGCAAGAAAACGAGAAUAUGCUUCGACCUCAUUUACAUCAAAUUGUGAAUAGGUCGAUGGAGUUAGCGAUGGGGGCGAAAGAGCCUUAUAAUUAUUUUUUGCUUUUACGAGCUUUGUUUCGCUCGAUUGGAGGGGGAUCCCACGAUUUGUUGUAUCAGGAGUUUCUCCCACUUCUCCCAAAUUUAUUGGAAGGUUUAAAUCGAUUACAAAGCGGGUUACAUAAAGUGCAUAUGAAGGAUUUAUUCGUCGAGUUGUGUUUGACGGUCCCAGUUCGAUUAAGUUCGUUAUUACCGUAUUUACCCAUGCUUAUGGAUCCUUUAGUUUCCGCUUUAAACGGAUCGAACGUUUUAAUAAGCCAAGGAUUGCGAACUUUAGAACUUUGCGUCGAUAAUUUACAACACGACUUUUUGUACGACCACAUCCAACCGGUUCGGGCCGAAUUAAUGCAAGCUUUGUGGAAAACUUUGCGGAACAACACCCAAGAACAAAUCGCUCAAGUUGCAUUUAAAGUUUUGGGUAAAUUUGGCGGGGGGAAUCGAAAAAUGUUGACGGAGCCGCAAAAAUUGGAGUACAUUGGGAGCGACCAAGACGUCCCCGCGAUUUUAGCCCACUUCAAAGAACAACACAAAUCGAUCGAAUUCCCCGUUUCGAAAAUCAUCGAGACCGCUUUUAACGCUUUAAAACAAAGCACGACGGAUUCUUUUUAUCGAAAACAAGCGUGGGAGACGAUCCAUUGUUAUUUAGCGGCUUCUUUGGAUCUUAGCGAUGAUAAAAAUACGUUAAUUAAUUUAUUUAUGCAUCAUUCUUUUAAUGAUUCGACGUUUAUUGUUACAAUUUCGGGGUCUGCGUAUAAAUCGAUUUAUAAGCAAGCGAGGGAGACGCAUCAAACCGCUUUAAUUGGGAUGUUCGUCGCUGCGGCGAUUAAAGAGUUAAGAUACCCCGCGCUACAAACUAUGUACGCCAUCGUGCGGCAUUACACCAUGGUGGCAGUUGCGCAACAAUCGGGGUUAUUCGCUGUUAAUCCAACACCCAACGAACAAAUCCCGUUGGAUCCUAUGUUGUUAGUUGAUGCUUUAUUCGUGAUUUUCGGGCAUGAGGAGAAAGAAUUAUGCAAACCGGGGGAAUAUGCUUUAGCGAUCAUCGUGAAUACAGCGACGAAUCUUUUAGGAUCAAAAGACAUCGCGUGCAAACUCCCUUUUAUUGAGUACUUAUCAGAAAGGAUGUGCGCUUUGUGUUACGAAAGAGCGUGGUAUGCCAAAUUAGGGGGGUGCAAAGCCAUUGAGGUGAUGUUGGAUCGUUGCGCGAAAAAAUGGGUUUAUGAGCACAUGUACACAUUUUUAAAAGCGCUCCUUUUCGUGAUGAUGGAUUUAACAGGUGAAGUUUCAAGCGGGGCUUUGGACAGCGCGAAAAAUAAUCUAGAAAAAUUAUUAAUCGCCUGCGUUUCACCCUUAAACGAAAUCGACGAUUAUAAAACGAAAAAUUUACAAGAAAGUGCUUUAAAUAAGGUGUGUCACGAAUUAGUUCGCCAAGUUACGAGCCCACACACUUUAGUCCGCGAGCAAUCCAUGUCGUCAUUAAAACUAAUCGCGGAGAAAUUAAAUAAAUCAGUUACGGAGAUUAUGGAGCCUUUUAAAGAUCAAUUAGCGGAGAUGGUCCCUCCAAAAAAACAUUUAUUAAAGCACCAACCCGCAAACGCCCAAAUGGGGUUAAUGGACGGAAAUAUGUUUUGCACCUCCCUCACCCCGCGAUUAUUUUCGAUCGAUAUGACCAUAAAAGAGCACAAAUUAUUCAUAACCGAUUUAAUCUCGUUGUGUAACACCGAAGAUUCGAAACUACAAAAUUUUUCUUGUUACAAAUCAAUCACGAAUUUCGUUCCACUUCGAAUAAGCGCUUUACGCGCUUUAGCAGCGUGUCAUUACUUAGACGCGGAAGUUCGCGAAGCCAUUUUCCAAGUUCUAUAUAAAACAUUAGAAGGCCCCAACUCAGAAUUACAAAAAACGGCGUUCGAAUGCAUGAAAAUAUUCAUCGGGGGUUACCAAAUGGAAAAAGACGUCAUUCACAAAACGAUGCGCCCUCUAUUAAUGACAUUAGGCGACACGAAAUCCUUAACUUUAAACGGAUUAAUGUUGUUGUCUUAUUUAACCCAAUUAUUCCCAAAAGCGUUCAACGAAAAACUAUGCGAGCAAUUAUUAGAAAUUUUAAAAGAAUUAUUAGAAAACUUAGUUUCAUCCCCAAAACCAGCAACGGGAAUCUCAAAAAAAGGGGAAGAAGAAAAAAAAAUCAUAACAUGCAUCAGCAUUUUCCACCAAACCCCCGCGGCUAGCUCAAAAUUCAUCCGCCAAUUAACCCAAUAUCUCCUACAAACGGAAAGGGCCCUUUUCGUCGAAGCUUCGUCUCCAUUCCGGGAGGAAUUGAUGAAAUUUUUGGUGCAAUAUCCAACAGAAACUUUAGAAAUGUUUCUCGAUGACGCAUUAAUCAAAGAUCCCCAAUACUCGCGUUAUCUCCACUAUUUAAUAAAACACCCCGAUGGAAAAAUUUUCCGGGAAUCGCUCCAAAAUGAAAUGAUCCACAAAUUGAUUAAUCUAUCGAAUUCAAAUUUAACCCCGUCGAAUAUAAAUCAAAACGAUCGAAAUGAAUAUCAAUACCAAUCGAUUCGCAUCGUUUCGUUAUUAAUUAAAUUCGACGAUCAAUGGUUAUCGUCCCAACAAGAACUCGUCGAUUCGUUUAAACGAAUUUGGUGCACCGAUUCGUAUCAGGAAAGACACAAAAAAGUGGAUACUUUGGAGUUUACACACUGGAAGGAACCGAAGUUGUUAGUGAAAGUGUUGUUGCAUUAUUUUUGUCAUCAUCCCAACGAUAUCGAUUUGUUGUUUGAGUUAUUGAGGGCGAUGACGGACCGAUUUAUACCCGAUUUUCAAUUUUUGAGGGAUUUCUUGGAGAAUACUGUUGCUCAAAAUUAUACGGUCGUUUGGAAACGGUCGGCGUUUUUCCGAUUCGUCGAACAUUUUACUUCUGAUGAUAUGUCACAGGAACUCAUCGCAAAAAUCCUUCAAUUAAUCAUCAUUCCAUGUUUUGCCGUCGGUUUUGAGCGCGGCGAAACGAACAAAUUAAUUGGAACACCACCAGCUCCUUAUCAUGAUCAUCCAGAUAACGUCGUUUCAGUCUUUUUAAAUAGGGUUGUUGAUCCAGAUAGUCCAUUUCCAUUCGCCGAUUGCGUCCGAAUAUCGCUCCUCCAAUUUUCCUGUUUAUUGGUGGAACAAGCGAGCCCUCACAUUCACGAUCACGACGCGACGAAUAAAACGCAAAGUUUCAAGCUGCGCCGUUUGAUGACGUUCGCAUGGCCGUGUCUUUUGGGUAAAAAUUGCGUGGACGCCGCUACAAGAUACCACGGGUUGUUGUUGUUGUCCCACAUCAUCGAUAAAUUCGCGAUACAUCGCAAAAUCGUUUUGCAAGUUUUCCAUUCGCUGUUGAAAGCGCAUGGUUUGGAAGCGCGAAGCGUUGUUCGGCAGGCUUUAGAAAUUUUAACUCCGAGUAUGCCGCUGAGGAUGGAGGAGGGUCAUAAAAUGUUAACGCAUUGGACGAAGAAGAUUAUUGUUGAUGAGGGACAUUCGAUUCAACAGUUGUAUCAUAUUUUACAAUUAGUUGUGAAACAUUAUAAAGUUUAUUACCCGGUGAGGCAUCAUUUGGUGCAACACAUGAUUAAUUCUUUGCAAAGGAUGGGAUUUAGCCCAACAGCGAGUAUGGAGCAUAAACGAUUAGCUGUUGAGUUAGCGGAGGUUAUAAUUAAGUGGGAAUUAAACGGGAUAAAAGAGGAGGAAACGUCUCAAAUUUCCCCAAUUCCAGUCCCAACAACGAAAAAAUUAGACCCGGAUUCGGACCCCCAAAGAAAAAAAUUCGCGCUCAACCCCAUCCAAGCAACCUCAUCAAAAUCAACAUCCGAUUUGGACGUCUCAAAACCCCUCGAUCGCCUCCACAUCGAAAUGGUGUUAAACAGCUUGAUGCGCUUAGCCUGCCAAGUCAACGAUCCCCCAGCAGCUAACCCCCAAACCGUUUUGGGGAUCCCCCCUGGUGAAAUGCUAAGUCGCCGAUGCGUAUCCUUAUUAAAAACCGCAUUAAAACCCGAAUUAUGGAGCUACCCCAUCGAGAUAAGCUUCGCGUUUUACGACAAAUUGUUGCAAACUUUAGAAUCAGCGAGUCCUAAUUACGCAAAUAUUUGCACCGGAUUAGAAUUAUUAACGUUUCUUUUAACCGUGUUAAAAAAGGAGCAAAUUUUAGCAGGAUUUAAAUUAUUACAGCGCCGCUUAGGAGCUUGCGUCCAAUCCCCGAACUCAAAAGUAAUCAAAGCGAUGCACACCUUACUACACAAAUUAAUGAGCAUCUUCCCAACGGAGCGAACAAAUUCGAAUUUAUCCUGCAAAUACGAAGAAUUAGAGAUGUUGUAUUCAACGGUGGGAAAAACGAUAUUCGAGGGACUCUCAAACUACGAAAAAAACGUCCAAGCGACCCCCCCAAGCUUAUUCGGCCCAUUAAUGGUCUUAAAAGCUGCGUGUAUGAACAACAACUCUUACAUCGACUUAUUAAUAACCCCGUUUAUGAGGGUUUUACAAAAACUACAAAAAGAACAUCUCACCCCGACAGCGCCCGAAUCGAGCUUAGUAACAUCCGAAUUAUUAAUUUUAAGUUUAGAUUUGGUUAAAACGCGCGUUGUUGUGAUGGGUGUUGAGAUGAGAAAAAGUUUUAUUGGAACAAUUUUAGUUGGAUUAAUCGAAAAAUCCCCCGACGUCAAAGUAAUGAAGGCUAUAAAUAAAAUGUUAGAGGAAUGGAUGAAAAAUAAAAACGUUAUAACGUUAUCUCAAGCCCCGAGUUUGCGGGAAAAAUCGAUUUUAUUAGUUAAAAUGAUGCAGUACCUCGAAAAACGCUUCCCGGAUGAUCAAGAAUUAAACGGGCAAUUCCUCGAAUUAGUCAAUUACGUUUAUACGGAUGAAGCGUUAAAACAAAGCGAGUUAACCGCGAAAUUAGAACAAGCUUUCUUAGCGGGGUUAAGAUCGCCUCAACCCGCGAUUCGAGCUAAAUUUUUUAAAGUUUUCGAUGAAUCGAUGCGUAAAAAACUACACGAUCGAAUACUUUACAUAAUUUGUUCCCAAAAUUGGGAUUCAAUCGGUCCUCAUUAUUGGAUUAAACAAUGCAUCGAACUUUUAUUGGCCACUGUGUCUCCUGAUCGACAAAUUCAAAUGUCGCAUGAAAGUUGUAUUAUUCCGAGUAUUACCUCGGUUAUAAAUCACGCCGAUUCUGAGAAAAAAACCGAAUUUUUAACCUUCCAAAAAGAAAAUCCUAAUUUCUACGAAUCAAUGGAUAUAAAAGAAGAAAUUUUAGACAUCGAUUUAUCAAACGGCGAUGUCAGUAACACCUCAUCAGAAGAAAAGGUUUUAAAUCGAUCCGAAAAGGUUUUAAAAAUCUUAAAUGAACAUGUUAAAUUUAUUGAGCAGUGCAGAAAUGUUACUCCCGAUCAAUUUUUUGCUGCAACAGCUCAAUUAUGUCAUAUGGAUACGGGGUUGGCCGAAUCGGUUUGGUUGGAUUUAUUCCCUAAAUUGUGGGAUAUCUUGGAUGAACAACAACGCGCGGUUAUUUUGCAAGAUAUUCAGGGAUUUAUGACAAGUGGAACGCAUAUUGUACAAAAAGAUUGCCAUCCAAGUGCGAUGGAUACGUUUGUGGAGGCGGUUUCAAGGUGUAAUCCCCCAAUACAUAUAGCUGCGCCCAUAAUGAAAUAUCUUGGAAAAUCCCACAACUUGUGGCACCGCACUACUUUAGCCUUAGAACAGAUGGCUUUUGAUUCACAAUCGCAACGUAAUCAAUCGUACGAUUUCGAUGAGCCCAAUACAAAAUCGGAAGUAUUCACUUCAUUGAACGAAAUGUACACCCUUUUAUGCGAGGAAGAUAUGUGGGCUGGAAUGUGGCAGAAAUUCGCUCAUUGGAAAGAAACGAACACCGCAAUCGCCUACGAACAACACGGAUUUUACGAACAAGCUCAAUCGGCGUACGAAUUAUGUUUCAACAAGUACAAACAAGAUUGCACUAUUGGCCCGGUACCAUCAUACACCCAAAAAGAAGUGUGUUUGUGGGAAAAUCAUUGGCAAAGAUGCGCUAAAGAACUCAGCCAAUGGGAAUUUAUCGCUGAAUACUCAAAACACACCCAUUACAACGCUUACGGUUUAUUAGAAAGCGCGUGGAGAAUACCAAAUUGGGAAUACAUGAAAGAAGCUUUAACAAACGUUGAGUAUAGCUACCAUAAAGAAUUAGCAUGGAAAGUAACGAUGUAUGGUGGAUUUUUAUUAAUUUGUAACCCCGAACCGGAAAAACCGUUAAAAUUCGCCGAACGCUAUGUGGAAACUGCAACUUCACUCUGUUUGAACGAAUGGAGAAGAUUGCCUAGUAUUGUGUCACAUAUUCACGUGCAAUAUUUGCAAGCUGCCCAACAAAUUAUGGAGCUACAAGAGGCUUAUCAAAUUCAUAAAGGGUUAUUACAAGGUCAUCAAAACUCAUUGCACGAUAUGAAAGCGAUCGUAAAAACAUGGAGAAAUCGUUUACCCGUGAUCGCGGAUGAUUUAUCACAUUGGAACGAUAUUUUUACGUGGAGACAACAACAUUAUCAAUUUAUUAUUAACCAUUAUGAUACGUUGGGUGAUAGGGCCCAUACUAAUUCGAUGUUGGGGGUUCAUGCUUCAGCACAAAGUAUCAUUCAUUAUGGUAAAAUAGCCCGAAAACACAAAUUAACCGGAGUUUGUUUGGAUUCUCUCAACAAAAUCUACAUGAUAGCGAGCGUCCACAUUGUAGAUUGUUUCCAAAAAAUUCGCCAACAAGUUAAAUGUUACCUCCAAAUGGCUUCGAUUAGUAACAACCGAAACGAACUUCACGAAGGCCUCGAAGUCAUCAACAACACCAACGUUCGUUAUUUCUCCAAAGAAAUGACGGCGGAGUUUUAUGCGAUGAAAGGUUUACUUUAUCAUUUAAGUAGUAAAUCAGAAGAUGCGAAUAAAUCGUUUUCGGUUGCGAUUCAAAUGCACGAUACUUCGAUAAAAUCUUGGGCUUUAUAUGGAGAUUAUUUAGAACAAGUUUUUACCAGGGAUCCCCGACAAAUUAGCGUUGGAGUGAAUGCGAUCGUGUGUUUCUUACACGCGUGUCGCAUCCAAAAUGAGAGCAAAGCUAGAAAGUAUUUGGCUAAAGUUUUGUGGCUGCUUAGUUAUGAUGAUGAUAAAGGUAGUUUAAUGGAAGCUUUAGAUAAAUACUCGGCUGGGGUUCCCCCGAGUUCUUGGGUACCUUGGAUACCGCAAUUAUUAAAUUGUUUGGUUUUGUAUGAUGGAAAUGUUAUUGCAAACUUAUUAUGUCAGGUUGGUCGCAUGUUUCCGCAAGCUGUAUAUUUCCCAAUACGGACUUUAUAUUUAACUCUGCGAACAGCAGCCGCACGAAAAAUACAGAUGCAAAGCCAAGAACAAACCGAAACCAAUUCAACAACGGAUCCCUCAACAUCAAAUAGCACAUCCGGGGCAACAACCGGUUCCGAAUCAUCAAUAAAAGCAUCCCCCGCUAUGGUCCGUUGCUCGAAAAUAAUGAAAAUGCUAUGCGAUUUACACACAACGACUUUAUCGAGCCUCGAAGGGAUCGCCGAUCAAAUGGAGUGGUUCCGCGAAAAAUGGCACGAAGAAGUUUUAAGACAACUUCGUCAAGGAUUGGCGAAAUGUUACGCGAUAGCGUUCGAGAAUCGCGAGAGCGUAAACGAAGCGAAAAUCACACCGCAUAUUUUUAAUUUCGUUAAAAAAUUGGUUUCGACGUUUGGUAUUGGUGUGGAGCACGUGUCCAGUUCGACAAAUAUGGUUUUUCAUUCCGCAGCAUCCGAAAGUUUAGCAAGAAGGGCCGAAGCGACGUAUCAAGAUCCCGUUUUUAAAGAAAUGAAAGUGGAAUUUACGAAAGAUUUCGAUUUUAACGCUUUAAAUUCGAUCAAAUUACACACGUUAAUUUUUAAAUUGAAGAAAUGGAUCGUUAUUUUAGAAAAUCAUUCGAAAAUUUUAUUGCAGUCAUUUUUAAUUGAGGAACGUUGCCGAUAUUUGGCUACGUUCACGCUUAAAACGGGCGAUGUUGAACUUCCGGGUGAAUUUUUGUUACCAAAACACACCCAUUAUUACGUUAAAAUAUCGAGAUUUAUGCCCCGAGUUGAUAUCGUUCAAAAACACAACACCGCAGCGAGAAGACUGUACAUUCGAGGACAUAAUGGAAAGAUUUAUCCUUAUUUAGUGGUAAACGACUCUGGUUUAGCGGACGCGAGGAGGGAGGAGCGAGUUCUUCAACUUUUAAGAAUGCUGAAUCAUUAUUUGGGGAAACAAAAAGAGACGUCGAAGAGAUUUUUGAAUUACACCGUUCCUCGAGUUGUUUCUGUUUCGCAACAUUUCCGUUUAAUCGAAGAUAACCCAUCCUCCAUCUCAUUAUUGGACAUUUUCAAAAAAGGGUGUUCAAAACUUAAUAUAGAACAAGACGCCCCGAUUCGGCUUUAUUACGAUCGCUUGGCAAACGUACAAAGUCGAGGGAUUAAAGCUAGUCAUCAAGUUUAUCGUGAAAUCUUAAAAAGCGUUCAAACCAACACCGUUCCAAGGACUUUAUUGAAACAAUGGGCCGUCUCCACGUUUCCUUCAGCCACGGAUUAUUGGCAAUUUCGAAAAAUGUUCACUCUACAAUUAGCUUUAUCGUGUUUUGCAGAGUAUGUUUUACACUUGACGAGAUUAAAUCCUGAUAUGAUGUAUUUACAUCAAGAUUCUGGGUUAAUGAACGUCGCGUACUUUAAAUUUGACGUUGAUGAUUCAACGGGAGAAUUAGAUACAACGCGACCAGUUCCGUUUAGAUUAACCCCAAAUAUAGUUGAGUUUUUAUCUCCAAUUGGAAUUAGUGGCCCAUUAACGGCUUCGAUGAUCGCAACAGCACGAUGUUUUGUUUAUCCCAAUUUUAAGGUCUUCUCGAUAAUGCGUCCGAUCCUGCGCGAUGAAAUGGUUUUAUCCCGUAUUAAAAAAACUGAAGAUCCCGAUGUAAAAGAAGAACGCCUCAACGACAACGAACAACUAAUCGGGAUGGUAAAUAAAGCUGUUACGUCGAUAACAAACCGUUUGAACAGUUUGGCGCAUUUCGAUGGUGUCGACAGCAAAGUUUCGACGUUGGUUACAGCGGCUAGUAGCCACGAUAAUUUGUGUAGAAUGGAUCCCGCUUGGCAUCCAUGGUUAUAAGAACAAUUUAAAAAGAAAUGAUUAUUAAAUAAGAACGAUAAAAUUAAUUAUUUUCGGUAAUUAAGUGGAAGGUGAAGUGAGUAAUCUAUUUUUUUAUUUUAUUUUUAUUUCUGAUGACUUAGAUUUAUUAAUUUCAAGAUUUAUUAAUUAACGAGGUGUUUCACCAAUAAUUAAUUAUUAUUAAUUUUUAAAACGAAGUGAUUUAAUUUAAAAUUUAAGACCAAUUAGAUUUAAAAUAGAUUCUUUUAAUUAAGUUAAAUAAAUUAUUUCAAAAAUCCUUUCCAAUUCUUCCCUAUUUAUCGAAAUAAUGUAUUUAUUUUUUCAGAUUUACCAUUAAUUUGGUUUGCAUUGCUACUUAUUUCUAUUUUAGUAUUUAUUUUUCUGUUUAUUUUUUUGCCUUCAAGCAUGAAUUUGAAACAAGCAAUGAAGAUUAUUAGAUGUCACGUUUUAAUAAAGGUACAAUUUUAAUUAACAUAUCUAUAAAAAUGA